CAAACCCUUUUUUACAUUUUCGAUCAACUGUUCUUUCUCCGCCUUUCAUAAAAAUUAAACCAAAAAAAAAUUCAAAAAUUAAAAUCGAAAUUCCAAAAACUCACCAGAAAGGAUUUACAGGAUGAGCCAUCCUAACGAGUGCGCCCUGGAUCGCCACUUUGCCUUCCAGCUGCGCAACUUGCGAUCGUACUCGAAGGAGCACCCAGUCAGCCAGGAGGACUUCGACAUCAGCCAGCGCUGGAUGAGUCACUUCCAGGAGGCCAAGGGAUCUGAUAAGUUUGCCCGGAACUGCAUGAUGAUGUUGAUGUACGCCCAGUUGCAGGAGAUUGGCCGCUUGAGUAAGCCCUUCACCGAAAUGGAGAACAUGACCCGCUCCAUGGAUGAUCUGCUGAACGAGUACAAUGGGACGGCGGCGCAGGAGCAGCCGCCGGUGGUGGGAGAUGUCCAGGAUGCGGACACAAAUGCCUCAAGCUAUGGUGGUGGGAGUAUUCGCUCUUCUCAGGACGGGGCCGCGGAGGAGCCACUUUCCUCACCCGAAUUCCAGAGCAUCAAACAGGCCAACCAGGAUCUCCUCAAGGAGAUCGACUCGCUGCACAGCCGCACGGUGGAAACGGUGAGGCAGUACAGGAGCAGGCACCAAAUGCUGGAGGACAAGAUGGCCGAGAAGGUCCUUGGGGGCAAGCCGGAGCUCGGUCAGGGGAGCAUCUAUCUGUCCUGCAGGGCGGCCUUGGAACUGCUAAAGGAUUGGCCGGGCGAUACUGUCCGUCUCAACUUCCUGGCCACCUGCCUGGAGCCCUUCCUCCGCACGGAACUCAUUACCAGUGUACAGAUCGCGGAGCUAGAUCUCAAUUUGGAGGACAUUUUGAACAGCAUGGUGAUACAGGCCUGCUCGCGAAGGGACGACAAUGUCCGGAUGCUUUAUGAGCACAUAUUGAGGCACGACAAGGACGGCCUCAAGGAGAAGGAGGGGAAGCUGCGCCGGCUGCACGAAUCCUUGAGGGAGGAGCGUCAGAGGCUCCGGCUACUUUCCGAGGAUCUGAGACGGCGGGAGGACUUCAUUUGGAGGCACCAGGCCAUCGCCACGCUGGCGGUUACAGGACUUCCUCCCGAGGAGCUGGGCAGUCCCAGCAUCUCAAAGUGCGAGCUGUGUCACAGGGGGAAGUCCCUCAGAGCUGGGCCAGUAGAUCCAACAUACAGGAUGGGCAAGUUGGAAAAGGACCAAGCCGCCGGGGAUCUGCAAAAGCUUUCCGAUGCACUCAGCGAUCUGUCCGUGGACAAAUGGUAGUCCUCUAACGAUAGCCCCUGCCUACACACUUUCCUAUAUAUAUUUUCCAUUUUCCUGUUCGAAUCAAUAAAUCGUUGAGUUGUUUUGAAAAGUUUCA